AUGUCCCAGAGACAUUCUGACAGUUCUUUGGAUGAGAAACUACUGGAAUAUCGUUUCCAUGCAGAGCUGCGACUCGAUGCCAAUGGGAACCCUAUGCCAGGGCUCUCCAUGGUCCGUAGGUCCUUGAGAGCCAGGACCAAUGCUGCCUUUGAGCCAGAGGCCUCCGAACCCCUGCAGGUGCCCCCAGAAGAUGAAGAGCCACGACCCAUCAUCCUCAGCACACAGAGCCCCGCAGCACUCAAGAUGGGCACCCAGCAGCUCAUUCCUAAGAGUUUGGCCGUGGCCAGCAAGGACAAGACCAAGUCCCCAGCCCGCCACCAGAGCUUUGGGGCAGCUGUGCUCAGCAAGGAGGCUGCUCGGCGGGAUCCUCGGCUCUUCUCAACCCCCAGCUUCUCCUUGGAUGACAUGGAUAUGGACACUAGCAUGAAUCUGACUCGAAAACUGAGGAACCAGUCCUACAGGGCAGCUAUGAAAGGCCUAGGGUCACCCAGCAGCAAGGGAGACUCAGUCCAGCUCGGCCCCAAGCUCCAGGCUCUCGCUGAGGAAGGUCCUCGGCCUCCUGCCCAAUGCCUAGCCAAAAAUAAGAAAACUCUGGGUCGGAAACGUGCACACAAGGGCUCCUUCAAAGAUGAACCCCAGUUGUACCAGGAGAUCCGAGAGCGGGGUCUAAAUACCAGUCAUGAGUCUGAUGAUGACGUACUCGAUGAGCCUGCCAGCCCAGAGGGAUCUCAAAGAGCGGACACCACCAUUGUGGUCAAGAGCUAUCGGCCUGCCCAGCUCACCUGGAGCCAGCUCCCGGAGGUGCUGGAGUCAGGUGUCCUGGACACACUGUCGAUGGAGGAGCGCAAGAGGCAGGAGGCCAUCUUCGAGAUCCUCACGUCCGAGUUCUCCUAUCUGCACAGCCUGAGCAUCCUGGUGACUGAGUUCCUGCAGUCCAGGGAGCUGAAGGCCACUAUGACACAGACAGAGCACCACCACCUCUUCUCCAACAUCUUGGAUGUGCAGGCUGCCAGUCAGAAGUUCUUUGAAGCCCUGGAGCAGCGGCACAAGGCACAGGUGUGUGUGGAGGACAUCAGUGACAUCUUGGAGGACCACGCAGAGAAGCACUUCCACCCUUACAUUGCCUACUGCUCCAACGAGGUCUACCAGCAGCGCACCCUGCAGAAGCUGUCGAACAGCAAUGCAGCCUUCCGAGAAGCCCUAAGGGAGAUUGAGAAACGGCCAACGUGUGGAGGCCUGCCCAUGAUCUCCUUCCUGAUUCUCCCCAUGCAGAGGGUGACCCGGCUGCCACUCCUGACAGAUACACUCUGCCUGAAGACACAGGGCCAUCCUGAAAGGUGUAAAGCUGCCAGCCGUGCCCUGAAGGCCAUCAGCAAGCUGGUGAAGCAGUGUAACGAGGGGGCCCACAAAAUGGAGCGCACAGAGCAGAUGUACACACUGCACACGCAGCUGGAUUUUAGUAAGGUCAAGUCCCUCCCACUCAUCUCUGCCUCUCGCUGGCUCCUGAAGCGUGGAGAGCUCUUCCUCUUGGAGGAAUCCAGCAUCUUUAGGAAAAUCGCCAGCCGACCCACAUGCUACCUGUUCCUGUUCAACGAUGUCCUGGUUGUCACCAAGAAGAAAAGUGAGGAAAGCUACCUGGUCCAAGACUACGCACAGCUAGAUCAGGUACAGGUCAGGAAGCUGGAGGCCUCAGAGCCCUCUCUGUCAGGAGGCAGCAGCCGCAGUUCCUCCGUGCCCCACCCCUUCCAAGUGAACCUGCUACGCAACAGUGAGGGCCGCCAGGAGCAGAUUCUGCUGUCCUCUGACUCUGCGAGUGACCGGGCCCGGUGGAUCACAGCCCUCACCUAUAAGGAGAGGCAGUGGCAGGGCCUCACCAACAAAGGAGACCUGCCCCAGGUGGAGAUCACCAAGGCAUACUUUGCCAAACAGGCGGAUGAGAUCACAUUGCAGCAGGCUGACGUUGUCCUGGUCCUACAGGAAGAGGACGGCUGGCUGCACGGAGAGAGGCUUCGGGAUGGAGAGACAGGCUGGUUCCCCGAGAGCUUUGCUCGCUGUAUCACCAGCCGCGUGGCGGUGGAAGGCAAUGUGCGCAGGAUGGAGCGGCUCCGGGUGGAGACAGACGUGUAGCUGGGCAGCUCGAAGCCAGACAUGGUGGACACGGCGUCAGUCCUCCCGCCUAACCCCAGGAAGUGGGACACAGCUCUGUUCCUUGGGCCUUCCCACAGCCUCACGGUUGAGUGCAGAGCACAGGAUACCUAUACAUUCCACCUGCUUUCUUGGAAGGCUUUGAGGCAAGCUCCAGGGGCCCACAUUCUGGUAGGAGUCCAGCUUGGCUCCUCGCUGGCCACCCAA